AUGAAGCCUGUUGGCUCAUCUGUGUUUCCAUUUGCCUUCGCUCUACUUCUCUCAUUUCCAUGGGCAACUGCAGCUCACACUCACGAAAACUUUCUUCAGUGCCUGACACUUAGUUUUGGAAACUCCAGCUCAAUUUCUGAAGUCAUUUACACUCCAUCCAACUCCUCAUAUUCAUCUGUCUUACAAUUCUCCAUACAAAACCCCAGAUUCUCGACACCCGCCACCCCAAAACCUCUUGUAAUUGUUACACCAUCGCAUGUCUCCCACAUCCAAGCCGCCGUCAAUUGUUCCCGAACACAUGGCAUGCAAGUAAGAGUUCGAAGCGGCGGCCAUGAUUAUGAGGGUCUUUCUUAUGUUUCAGAUGUGCCGUUUGUUUUAAUUGAUCUGAUUGACCUUCGAUCCAUCAGUGUUGAUGCAAAUAAUAGCAUGGCGUGGGUUCAAUCUGGUGCAACAAUCGGUGAAGUUUAUUAUAGGAUCGCUGAGAAAAGUAGAACUCUUGGCUUUCCGGGAGGAAUUGCCACGACUCUGGGCAUUGGUGGACACUUUAGCGGCGGAGGGUACGGCACGAUGUUGCGCAAAUAUGGUCGUGCUUCUGACAAUAUUAUUGAUGCGCAAUUGGUUGAUGUUGCGCAAUUGACUCUCACUUAA